UACGAUUUGCCAGCAUCAUGUCAUCAACAGUUCAGACCAUACGGCUAUAUGAUUGAAUGAUGUUACUAGAAAAAAUGGGUUCUAUUAAGGUUCCUCGAUUAGAUUUGGAAGAGUUUGGACAUCAAGUUGACAAUUCUACAUCUACCAUUCAGCGUCUCUACCAGCUCUACUGUGAUCCUGUGUUAAGUGACUUACAGCUUAUUGUGGGCGAAAAAUCAUAUUUUGCCCAUAAAUUGAUAUUGAGUAUAAGUAGCGAUGUUUUCAAAACAAUGUUGACAAGUCCUACUUGGCCAGAAGCGUAUACUGAUAAAAUUUAUUUGGAAGAGGAACCACAGUGUGGACUUGUUUUUGAAGAUUUUCUUCAGUAUUUGUACACAGGAAAGAUUCACUUGAGUCAUACAAGUGUUUUACCAGUAAUAAUUCUGGCUGAUAAAUAUAAUAUUAGUGACUUAUCAGCCGUUUGCGUAGAAUACAUGUGUAAUCAUUUAAUUGCACCAAGGAUGGAAAGCUGUGUGUUAUCUUGGCUGAACUACUCUGUUAUGUGUAACCAUAGAAACUUGGAAAAAGUAUGUGAAAGUUAUAUCAGUGCAAAUUUUCAGUAUGUCAUGGAAACUGAUGAAUUCUUAACAAUAUCUUCUGAUUUGUUAUUGAAGUUUUUGAAAUCAUCAGACAUUGUUAUAACCAGUGAAAUAUCACUAUACCACUAUGCGAUGAAAUGGGUGGAGAAGAACAUUCUACCUUCCAUCAAACCAGAGACUUAUUCACCUGAAAAUCUGAACUUGUUAAAGCAUAUAGUUUCAGCAAUAAGGCAAUGUCUUAUGUCAAGCGAAGAUCUGUUAUUACUUCAGAGUGGUACAAAGCAAAUAGCUGAAUAUUUACGCAAGGUAACGGGGGUUAGCUGCUUUCCCGAAACCAAAAGCGAAGAAUACCAAAAUUUAAAAUCACCUGUCUCAACGUUGAUUAAGACAACAGAGAGUAAUACUUCCCCAAGGAUAUAUACUUGUGAUGCAUGGUGUACUGAAAUUAGGGUACCUAGUAUUAAUGAGGUUCAACCAGGGGAAAUAUUGGGAGCAUUCUACUCUACACCAAGUUCUUUUAAUGCUGACAGUGAUGAAAGCUGGGAUUGGCAUAUUGACCUAUAUCCCAGGGGUGUUUUGUUUCGUGGUUGUAUGAUGAUUGGUCACUAUGGUAACCAUAGUAUUGAUGAGGUGAUCUAUGAAAGAGUCCGUCUGGCUGUUUCGUCAAAUUCAUCUGAUUGCAGAUCUGUGAAAGUGACUGUGUUAGUUUAUGGCCUUCAGAAUGGUGUUGAAUAUGUUGUAAAGGCAAUAACAAAGACAUGUCUUUUCACUUCAGAACAUGUAAUCCACCAUGUCAAUGACCUUGUGGCUUUCAGUGACCUUGAAUCUAAACAGUCUCCAUUCCUUUUAGGUGAAGAUCAUAAUGAAUUUAAAAUCAAAAUAAUUAUCAGGCCUUUUAGUUCUCUAAUAACAUGAAUUAAACAUGUUAACGGUAAUACAAUGAAGUGAUCUAAUCAUUUGUUAAUGUGAUCCCAGUUGUCAUGGUUGUUAUUUUUUCAUUCUGAUUAAAAUACAGAUCCUGUGACCAAGCUUUGCUUUCAGGGAUCUGACAACAGUCCAUUUCACUUCUUGUUCUGGAAAUAAUUGGAUCAGCUGAUGAAAUUUCAGCCUUCAAGUUUUUGAAGGUGUGUAUCAUUCUGAUAAAACCAGAGGAUACCAAAAGGUCUUUAAAACAGAAAGUAGAACUGAGCAUUUUCAUAUCCUUGUAAGCAAAGCUUGGACACUGAUCUGUAUUUUAAUCAGAUUGUUAUUUUUUAGAAUUAAUAUGUAUCCAUUGUCAGAGCUCAGACAUUAAUAAGUCUAAAUCUGCUUUUGACUCAUAGAGGUCUAAAUUUGUAGGUUUCAAGAUUUGUCUCCCUUUAAUUUAAGACAAAUUAUGACUUCAAUAAGUCAAUUACCGGUAGUGUUAAGCAAGAAAUAUUUUACCAGAAUUAAAAAGUUGCAAAUAUUGACUCCUACAAGUCGAUAAUUUACCAAAAUUGGUCGACUUCAAGACCCAAGCAUAUUUAUAAAAAGGUCAUGCAUCUACAUGAAAUUAUGACAACAUUGAAAGACAAUGCUUUGUCGUCUAAAGGAAAAUAUGCAUGAGAGCCUAAAAAAACGGAGAUAAUGUUUAUUUACUUUACAAUGCAACCAUUUAUAACCACACAAAAUGAGGAAAAUAAUCUUAUGUUAAGUAAAAAUGUUCAAUUAGAUAAUUAAAUAUAGAUAGCUCAGGUCCUUGUGAACUCUCAGACAGGUUUAUGAUGUCAUAGGUGGUGCACUUUGGCCACCAAUUAAAAUUAAGUCUUUUCAUAAACAUACAUGUAAAUAGACCUAAACAAGUCUGUCAUUUUCUGACUUAAAUAAGUCUGAAAAUGAAAACACAAUUUUAUAAUAAAUACAUUUUUUGACUUCUGUAAGUCAAAAACAAAAAACGACUUGUUUAUGUCUGAGCUCUGACUUGUAUUAGGCAUUUACCAUCAUGACCAUGUUUACAGUAUAUUUAAAAAUGUUUUGUUUGAUUGAAAGGUAUUAUUUUAUGGAUGAUGUACAUGUUGAGUUGCCAUAAUUGUAUUAGCAUGAUUAGAGGAGCACAUAAUAUUUUUAUACGACCGCAAAAAAUUUUUGCGGUCGUAUAUUGGUAUGAUGUUGGCGUCGUCGUCGUCCGAAGACACAUUGGUUUUUGCACUCUAACUUUAGUUUAAGUGAAUGGAUCUCUUUGAAAUUUUACCAUAAGGUUCAAUACCACAAAAGCAAGGU